AUGCCUCGUCGUCGGGGUGUUCCCAAUGCGUCUGUUAGUGACGAUACGCGUCGUGAAGUGCCAUUACAAGCAGUUUUAUUUGCUGAUUCAUUCACUGAAACAUUUCGUCCAAUCACAUUAGAUUUCCCGAAAGUAUUACUUCCUCUAGCGAAUGUACCAAUCCUUGAAUAUGCACUGGAAUUCCUCGCAGCUUCAGGUGUUCAAGAAGUGUUGCUCUUUUGUACUCGUCACGUGGAACAAAUUGAGACUUUUAUUGAGAACAAGUCACAAGUGGUACAACGUCUGGAUGUCACUUGUGUCAGUAGCCCCAGUUGUCUCACAGCUGGUGACGCAUUGCGUGAAUUGGAUCGACGUCAAUUGGUACAGAGUAAUCCCUUUGUUCUCAUGAGUGGGGACGUUGUAGCCAAUGUUGAUCUGCAAGCAAUUAUUACCGAACAUAAAAACCGUAAGAAGGCGGAUCCGAAUUGCAUCAUGACGAGCAUUUUUAAGGAAUUACGACCCAAUUUCGCGACAAGUGUUCGACCACUGAAUGAUGAGUUGAUUGUGGGUAUUGAUGCCAAUACAUCGCAGCUCGUGCUGUAUGAAGACGAUCCAGAGCAGAGGAGUACGAGAUUGGCUACCCUUUUUCUUGAAGAUCACGCGCAGAUUGCGCUACGAAGCGAUCUACUGGACUGCUACAUUGACGUGUGUUCACCUGAAGUUUUACUCAAGUUUGCUGAAGAUUUUGAUUAUCAGGACUUGAGACACGACUUUUUGCAUAAUGAAGUGCAAAAUUACGAACUAGGUAAAAAGUUCUUUGUCAAGGUCGUGACGGACGAGUUUGCAGCCAGAGUGAUGGAUCCGAGGACGUAUGCGGGCGUCUCACAGGCUAUUCUGCAACGCUGGGUAUUUCCCAUGGUACCGGAUGCAAACUACUUGGGUGCAGGUUCGGUGACGCACUAUGUGUACUUGCGGGGUAUGCGCUACAAGGAUGUUAAUGUGACGCUUGCAAGGACUUGUGAUGUGCAACGUGAAUGCAUAUUGGGAGCUGGAACGAUUAUUGGAGAUCACUCACGUGUGCGUAAGAGCGCCAUUGGUAAGAACUGUGUAGUCGGCGAAAACGUGACUAUUGAAGGCAGCUUUUUGUGGUCGAAUGUGGUGGUGGAGGACGGUGCAAUUGUGACCAGCUCCAUCUUGUGUGAUAACGUGGUGGUAAAACGCGGUGCAGUUAUUGGGGAGGGCUGUGUAUUGUCGUUUGGUGUUGUUAUUGGCGAAGGGUUUUCGCUGCCACCAUUCACAAAGGUGACAAAGAGCCUCGUACAGGUGGAAGACGACGAGUUCUUCUCCGACAAGGAUGUGGAAUGUUUGGCAAAGCAGGAGAAGCUACUUACUAUUAGUGCGCUUUCUCAGUGGAAUCCGAAAGAAGUUGGUGUCGGUGGUGCUGGCCGUAUCUGGACUUUGGAUGAGGACGACAUUGAAGUGGAUUUGGACAGCGACGACGAGGACGGUGAUGAGGACGAGGUGAAAGCAAAGAAGCAGGCGUGUCGUCUGGAGAAGCUUAAGAGCACUCUCAUUGGCGCCAAUGAUGUAGUGUCCAAGAAGAUGCGCCGCUGGGAGGAAUGGGAUCUACUUAGCUCUUCUGAGGAAGAAGACGAUGAUGAGGAUGACCUGCUGGCGAAGGCCAAUGCGACCGCUCUUGAGGUGCCUUUCCAGCAGAUUAUCCGUGAAAACGUGUGCACCGGUGACGCGGCAGGACACAAUGUGGACGAUCUAUUCAUGGAAAUUAAGAGUUUUAAGUUUGCGCAGAACCGAUCGUUUGCCGAGGUGAUUGGUGCCAUCGUGCCGGGUCUGUUAGAUCUAAUCCCAACGUCCAACGGACAGUCAGCAAUGACCAUCUUGGGUCAUGUACGAACGAAAUUUCAAAAGUGGAGCUCGGUGAUUCAGCGUUGCCUUGUAGAGCAAGAAGACCAACAAGCUGUAGUGGAUGCUCUAGAGAGCUAUUGUGCGGCUCCAGAGGAACGUCGUGCAUUGUGGCUGCCGUUAUUCCGCUUUUUGUUGCAGACUGUGUAUGAUCUAGAGUGGGUAGGAGAGGACGUGAUUUUGGAAUGGCAUGAGGCCAAGGCUACAAUGGCAGACAAGGAAAAAAGUUUUGAUGCACUUGCGACUGCAUCGAAUAAGGACGUGCAGGAGUUUAUUGAUUGGCUACGGGAGGAGUCCGAUGAUGAUGAUGACGACGACAGUGAGGCCGAAGACGACGAGUAA